GUUCAACUUCAGAUUGAAAUAGCUCUGGAAAUUCGAAAUGUGGAGCAAGCGGAAAAAAUCGCCAAUACGAAGUUUGAUGGAACAUUUUCAUGGUCGGAUAAUGUUGAUUCCAUACUCAAAGAGGUCUUUCAUUUGCCCUCAUUUCGACCACUUCAACGAGAGGUGAUUAACGCAGUAAUGUCGGAGUUAGACACAUUGGUUGUAAUGAGUACUGGUGCUGGGAAAAGUCUAUGUUACCAGCUGCCAGCAAUCGCCAUGAAAGGUCUCGUCGUAGUGAUCUCCCCAUUGAUAUCGCUGAUCGAGGAUCAGCUUGCUGGUCUUCAGAAACUUGGUGUUGAAGGAGCAGCUCUGAAUCAGUCGACAACAAAAGAGGAUGUGAAACGAAUAGAAGCACAGCUCAUACAGAAAGGUUCUUCUCUGCGUCUUCUGUACAUUACACCUGAGAAAUUAGCAAAAAGUAAAAGACUGAUGAACAAGCUGGAAAAGGCGGCAGAAGUUGGAACGUUGAAAGUAUUCGCAAUCGAUGAAGUUCAUUGCUGUUCCCAAUGGGGCCAUGACUUUCGGCCAGAUUACAAGUUUCUAAACAUUUUAAAACGUCAAUUUCCAAACGUCCCGUUACUUGGACUAACAGCGACUGCUACCGCUAACGUUCUUUCUGAUGUUAAAACAAUGCUUGAUAUUCCAAACGCCGUGGUAUUCAAGGCGGGCUUCAAUCGUCUAAAUUUACACUACGAGGUAAUACAGAAACCUGAUAGUGAUUUCACGGCUGAACUUGCUAGACUGAUCAAGUCCAGAUUUGCCAAUCAAUCGGGUAUUGUCUAUUGUUUCUCAAGAAAAGAUUGCGAAGAAGUGGCCACGCAACUGGAAUCUGGCAUUCGUGCUGCUUUCUAUCAUGCUGACAUGGAAUCAUCUCGACGAACAGCUGUUCAUGAGAAAUGGGUCAGCGGAAAGUACAACGUUAUCGUGGCUACAGUAGCUUUCGGUAGUUCUUUUACAUUUGAGAGUGGGCGCGCUGGACGUGAUGGGCUUCCGGCUGUUUGCAUUCUAUACUUCCGUUUAUCGGAUGUGUUCCGGCAGAGCACUAUGGUGUGCACUGAGCGUACUGGUAUAAGAAAUCUCUAUGCAAUGGUUCGAUACGCAAUCACAUGCCGCCGUAAGCACUUGGCUGACCACUUUGAGGAGAGAUGGACAAGUGAACUGUGCCCGAAAGCUUGUGAUGUGUGCGCAUGCCAUACUGAAGUUGCGGAUAUAGAUAUCACGGAUAUUGUUCGGGCUAUGUUGAAAAUUAUUCGCGAGGUAUGUAACAGCUUUCAAAAGUCCAAUGAUCGCGGCUCCAAUCGUAUCACUGGCGCCAAACUAGUUGAAUUGGCGACCAAGCAACGGCUUGGAUCAAAGGUUAGUAAUGAUUCCGAACCUCUCAUCAAACUGCCCUUCUAUUUUUUGUUAUUUAAGUUAGACAGGAUGUCUGUGGUAAGUUCGUCGUUCUCCGGAAAGGUAGGAUAUGGACUGAUUUUCCGGAUUUCCUUACAAACUAUUUAUAAUGUCGUGGCAUAA